UGUUUAUUUUUAGACAGUUUCGUUUCGAAAAAUGCUCGAAAAAGGGAAAAAAAUUCGUUUUUUAUUAUUGUCGUGUCGUUUGUGCGUUGAGGAGUCGUCGUCAACUGUCCAGCUGCAGUGCGACUUUUAUGGCCCGAAGGAAGCUGUAAAUGCGAACGCGUGCCCCAUCAAGCGGAAAGUGGAUUGCGGCAAGUGGGUGGCGCAUUGGCCACCUAAUUGAUAAGCCAAAGUGUGAAUAUAUGCAUAUGCAUAUAUCUGAAUAUAUUAUAUAUAUAUACAUAUAUAUAUACAUUAUACAUCUGAUAUCUGCUGCCCCGGGCGUAGGCAUGUGUAUGGGGGGAGGCUGGGCGACAGUUAACAAUUGUUUCUCAAGUCUAUUUGAAAGUCGGUUUUUAGUACACAAUAUGCCCAGACGACGACGACCCCGUUGCAAGGUGAAACCGUUGUUAGCGCUGCACGAGGAUCCAGCCGGCGACAGCGAGGCCAGUCAGGAGGAGCAGAUCGAGAGCAAGAGCGACGAUGUGGAUAUGCCCACCGAGACGCAUGAUGUGCCGGUCAGUGUGUCGCCCAACGACUGGGAGUAUCGCCUAUUCCCGGAGCUGCACAAUCAGCUGCCGCCGUUGCCCACGUUCACGGACAUCUUUGGCCAGCACUCGGAUGUGAUGUAUCAGGAGAAUGGGCCAGCGCUGCUGCCCGAUGCCGAGCAGAGGCAGGCAACAGGGCAGCAGCAACAGCAGCAACAGCAACAGCAGCAGCAGCAGGAGCAGCAGGAGGCGGAUUCCGCUCCGGCUGCGGUUCCGGCACCGGCCAGCCAGCUGAACGGAACGACGCGCACAUUGCAGCCGGACAUCUUCGGCUUGGGCGGCCUCGUGGCCAAUUUGCGUGCCUCGCGCAGCAGCACUGCCAAUGCCAUCCAGAUGGUCACCGGCGAGGAUCUGACCACGUAUGGCCUGGACCUGGCCAGCCAGGGCGACAUCUACGUCCACUUCAAUGGCCCGUUCACCCAGCAGCCGGCCGGCCGCAGCUCGGCCAACUGCGCCCUGGAGCUGGGCAUGCGAGGCAUGCGCGAUGCCAUGGACAAGUAUCCAUCGCGGCCGCCCAUCUGGGAUCCCUUUGUGCCGGAGACACGCAACCUGGGCCUGAUCAUGCCGCUCAACUCCCAGGCGCCCAAGCUAUCCGUAACGAAGUUGUCGCAGCCGUCGUCACACGAGAAAUCUGCCUAGUUUUGAUAUCAAUGAUUUGGCAAACAUUCAAAUUGCUGUUCGCUUGUAUUCGGUUUCUUGUCAACAACAACAGCAACAACAACAAUCACCAUGAACAACAACAACAACGACAUCGCUUAAACUUAGCUCACUUAUAUACUAGACACGACUGCAUCUAUAUAUAUAUGUGUAUAUAUAUAUUUCAAUUGUAUCUAUAUCCAUAUAUAUAUGUGUGUAUGCAUAUAGAUAACGGUAUAUAUGUCUGAACGAACUGCAAUGCUGACGAUAACUGAAACAAUCCAAAGAACUGAGUGCAAUAUAGAAGAAUUUUAAUUUUAAUUCACUGAAUGAAUAUGUAUGUAUACGUAUAUAUAUAUGUGUGUGUAUAUAUGCAUGUAUAUGUACGUAUAGUUCUGGGUACCUUUUGCUACAUAUAUAUUUUAUACGAUCCCAAUCACUCUAUUUUUCACUCCAUCCCUUUUCUACUAUCUCGCUUUUGGAUACUUAAUUCAUACUCCUCUCAAAUGUAUCUCAACUUUCCUUUAAAUUCAACUUUGUCAACUACUUUUUCAAAUAAUAAACCCUAAACAGAUAAUAA